GUGGUGGCGUCCUCCCCAUUUGUAUUAUUACUGUAUUCACAACCCUCCAGUGCCCCCCGCUAAACUGCUUUUAGUCGCUCAACAUGGCGGUGAUGGACCUGGUGUUGGGACCCACUUUGAUAGGGGUCCUAUUCAAUGUCUUUCUCUUCGGUUGCGUGAUAACGCAGUGUUAUCUAUAUUUCAUAACAUUCAAGAACGAUUCACCCCGUAUUCGUUUCUUGGUGUGGUUCCUCCUCAUAGCGGACACGCUGAACUCCGCUUUCGAGUGCGUCGUCGCGUACGAGUACACCAUCACCAGCUUCGGUGACUAUGUCGCUGCGUCGAAUGGAAAUUGGCGCGCCGGCACCGGGCCAGUUCUGAUCGGCGUCAUCGCUGCCACAGUGCAAGGGUUCUUCGCCUGGCGGGUCUACCGGUUAACCCACCUGCGGUGGUUCUUCAUCCUCAUCUGCUGCCUUAUCUUCGUCCAGUUCGUUGGCGCCGCGGGAACUGGAGUGGCGGGAAGCAUCAUCAAGCCGUUCGCGGAAUGGGGCAGGUGGCAAGUCAGAGUGCCCAUCGUCGUGUGGCUCGUACUCGCGGCGACGGUGGACUGUCUGUUGACGCUUACCAUGACGUUCCACCUGCAACGCAACCGUACUGGCUUUGCCGUCACUGAUCACAUUGUCACUAAAAUCAUCAAACUCACUGUACAGACCGGUAUGCUUACAGCCGUGUGGGCCGUCCUCGAUCUCGUCUUGUACCUCUCGGUGCCUCAACCCGUGCACCUCAUCUUCAACCUCCCCCUGCCGAAGCUGUAUACCAACUCCCUGUUGUCGACUCUGAAUGCGCGCAAGAACGGCGCGGGAGACUCGAGCCGCUCGGCGCCCGGCGCGCUGUCGGAUAUGCACUGGGACCACCAGCAGCGCUCGAGUGUGACGGGGAUCCACGUCACUACUGUUGCCACCGUCCACCGCGACGAAUUCGAGCUGUCCGAUAAGAAGCCGGGUGCGCUGCCCAAAGGGACGGGCAAUGAUCUGAUCACGGCAGGGGACUCCGACGACGCUAUCCCCGAGCUCCGCGGGAAGGGCGAAUACUCGGUCAAGUGGAAGUAAGCAUACUAGUAGGUGGGAUUCUGUAGGAGAGGAUGAAAAUUAUAGAUGUUGUAUAUUAUUUACAUUACAUCCAGUACAUUCCUUUGUAGUGUAGGUUUAUCUCAUGGGUCUUUAUACUCUAACGUACGGAUCAUUAUAUGAUAUAAAGAUUUUUCGAGGACAUAUGUAUACGUUGGAUAUCUUACAGGUUCGAAUCGGGUAGUC